UCGAAAGGCGCGCUGUAGAUUUUUUGUGUAUUGUCUGAGAAUUUCUGUUUUUAUUAACAAUUAAAGGAAAUUACGACAUCUAAAUCAUCUAAAUGAUAGGAUAUUAAGACGCGAAUCACUACAAACCUCUUUUGCUAUGGAGGUCACUCGUAAAAAUUUCAAAGAUACGCUGCCAUUGGUAGCGGAAUCUAUAGAUAAAGCGGACUUUCUAGUCAUAGAUGCGGAGUUUACUGGUCUGAUAAAUGGACGAGACGUGACUUUAUUCUCGACUCCUGAAGAAUACUAUCUUACUGUUUUAAAAGGAUGUAGUGACUUUCUGUUGAUUCAGUUUGGCUUGUGUGCAUUCUACUGGGAUCAGGAAGAGAAUCACUACAUGAAUGAUGCAUAUAAUUUCUAUCUGUUCCCGAGAGGACGGCCAGGCCCUGAGAAGAUGUUUCUAUGCCAAAGUUCAAGCUUAGAUUUUCUAUCGGCACAGGGUUUUGACUUCAAUAAAUUGAUUAAAGAAGGCAUUUCAUAUAUGUCAGAACCAGAUGAGACACGGAUACGGGAGUUUCUCCAUGAGAAACAGAAAUCAUAUAACAGGGAGUCUAAAAUCACCAUCCCUGAUGAGAAUAAAGAACAAAUUGAAGAUAUCUGUGCGAAAGUGCGCAAGUUCGUUGAUGAGAAGAAAGAUAAUGAGAUGGAGGUGGACCGGUGCAAUGCAUUCAUCCGACGGCUGCUCUUUCAGGAGUUGGGCUCUCGCUUCAAGAAUGAAAUAGUUGUGGAGACCAAGGUUCUGGAGAAUAAGAACAGGAUACUGAAAGUGACGCGGGUAACUUCGGAGAGUGAUCGCAGAAACCAUGACAUGAUGAAGGUGGAGCGCGAGUGGGAGGAGUUUGAAGAGGCCGUCGGGUUUGCCAGGGUCGCCAGGAUGAUCAGCAUGUCGGAAAAGUUGGUGAUCGGACACAACAUGCUCCUUGACCUGGUGCACACUCUGAACCACUUCUUCCAGCCGCUGCCGCUGGACUACAAGACUUUCAAGGAGUUCGCUCACUGCAUGUUUCCGAAGUUAUUAGACACGAAGUAUAUGUCCAGCCUGUCUCCGUUCAAGGAGAAGGUCAACUCGAGCGUGCUGCCGCAUCUACUCACCUCGCUGUCUGAGCCGCCCUUCUCGCUGCCCAAAGCAGAAUCAAAAGAAGGCCGCGGCUACAACAGAGCGGAGGACAAGCAGCACGAAGCGGGUUACGACGCGUACGUCACCGGAUUGUGUUUCCUCGCCAUGCACAACCACCUGGCGAGCAUGCGCGGCGAGCCGCUCGGCCGAGCCAACUCCGACGCGCCCUGGCUAAAACCCAUCCUGAACAAGGUGUACUUGGCUAAGACUGCGCAUCAGGACUCGCCCUAUAUGAACUUCACUGGGGCUGAUCCAAACCCACCGCGUGAUCACGUGUUCCACUUGACGUUUCCAAAGGAGUGGACUCGCAAUGACAUCAGCCAGCUAUUCAGCCCCUUUGGUGCAAUAAUAGUGCAGUUCAUAGACGACACGUCGGCCAUGGUGGCGCUGCAGCGGCGCGAGCAGGCGCGUGACGUCACUCGCCUGCUGGCGGGACACGCGCGCGCCUCCAUCUUGCCUUUCGCGCGGUACAAGAGUUCCAUUAAGGCUAACAACAAAGACCAAGGGGACUUCAAACGUGACUUUGCGACGAUCCCGAAUGCGUAUGCACCAGAAUAUAUCUCCAGGGCCCGUGCAGUAGCGAGCAGUGCCUUGAGGUCGUCUCCUGAGAAGGUGUCGCGGCCGCGAGCCAACAGCCUGUCCAGCUCGCCGAUCAAGCCCGCGCCGCCGGCCAGGAAGAGAACCUCGUCUGGAGUUUUCCAGGUUGAUGAUGCGGAACCUCCAAAGAAAAAGGUGGAGCUUACUCGAUCGAAUUCCGAUAUCACCCGAAAGAAGCCCGAAGUCGCCCCGAAUGGGCGUCGGAAAACUGAUAGCGACGCGUCGAAGGGAAAAGAGAAGGAAAAAGAGAGUGAGAAGGUGCCAGAGAAGAGAAUAGUGGAGAAGUUUGAUAGUGAAGCUAAAUCAAACUGUGUUAGCGCUUUCAAAGAGAGUGAUAGUUGGGAUUAAGCGGAAUAAAUAUUGCUUGUAGUAAAUUA